CGUCCUUUUGUUCGAGCAAGACGUGUAGCGUCACUUUGACGUCAAAACAUGACCGUCCUGACUUCACAUCAUUCGGACAGUGGCUCUGCUCUGAUGAUGGAGUUGAUACGAUCACCGCGUCGUUUUGCAAGGGCUCUAUGUCGCACUACGGUGGUAUAAUAUGAGCAUCGAACCCAGCCUCGUCCAGCAAGAUCCUUUUGUUUCGUCAACAGCAUACGAAGAUCUUACUUUCGGGACAAAUUCAGGCCACAAUGACCGAUACGUCCAAUUACCGCGCCGCCGACGACAAGUAUGAAGCUCAGAACGAUUACAAAGUCGAUCCAACGGGCGACCUUAACGACGACAGUUACGUGAGGUCCGGCGACAGGACGAUUCCCGUGCAGAAGGAUAGUGCUUCUAUCGAGGACCCCAUCCAGCCUCCGACGUCGAAUAGCGAUGCUCAGCUCGAACAAGAUGAGAAGGAAGCCAUUGACAAGAGCAACAUCAUCAAGGGUCGGACACGCCAUGCGAAGCCGGUGGGGUCAUACUCUGAGGGACCGGAUGAGGAUGAUCUCCCGAAGGAGGUCAAGUCAGGAGAGGAUGGUACUUCCGCUACCCGUUAGUGGUUGAGACGUUGGGGAAAGGAGACUCUGUUUUGCCCCAUUAGCGAGUCCAGUAUACGAAGAGGUUGUUAUACCACAAUAGUUCAUGGCUUCAGUCAUCUCCGUUGCUCGUCCUCUUAUUGCUCACGGGGGAUCAAGGCC